UGUGUGUUGGUCGGUACGGUAUAUGUACGCACGCGACGCACGUAGCCUUAUGUCAGGUGUUUCGAACGAUAUAUUUCUUACAUUCGUUUUACGAUCGGCCAUCUUUAGAUUUGUUCCUAUUAGGGGUUUUCCUGUUGUUUCGGUUUUUUUAUAUCUGUUUUCCUUUGCAGCCUUGCGUCAUCUGAUGUUCGCGAGGGAGUGGCCAGUCGACCCCCUAACGUUCGUUGUACGAUGUUUCAGCGCCUACGAGCGCGAGUAUGUCGAGGUGCUGUGCGAUCAGUUGCGUGAGGCGUGCCAGACGAUCGCCGAACUGCAGACUCGGUUACGGACAUACGAGGCAAACGUCCCGAAAAAUGUACAGUCGCGGACGGACGAGCGUAGUCAAGUAGAAACGAUAGUCUUAGAUGACGACAACGAAGAAGAAACAGCAGUGGUGGAAGAAGAAGAGGUAGAAACAGAAGAAGUAGAAGAAGACGAAGAUGAAGAGGAACAAGAAGAGGACGAAGAACUUUAAGCCGAAGUAAAACGUGAAGCAUAAGAGGAUGAAGCAGAAGAAGAAGACUGGAAGGGGGUUGUUCGUUUCACA